AUGCAAUGCCUUUACUCUGUCUCAUAUUCUAUUCUUAUUAAUGGUUGUCCCACAAAACCAAUUCCAGCAAAGAAGGGUUUAAGGCAAUGUGACCCAAUCUCACUAUACUUGUUUGCUUUGGGUAUGGAGUAUCUCUCAAGGUGUCUAGCUUCUCUGGCUGAUAAUCCAGAGUUCUCUUAUCAUCCUAGAUGCAAAAAACUUGAUCUUACUCAUAUGAUGUUUGCUGAUGAUUUGCUGAUGUUCUCCAGAGCUGAUGAGAGUGCUGUGAAGGCUCUGUUUGCUGCUUUCACUAAGUUUUCUUUGGCUUCUGGGUUGGAGGCUAACCUGCACAAAAGUGAGGUUUAUUUGGCUAGAGUUCCUAACCAUAUUGCUUGCAGUAUUGUUAACUCAAUUGGGGUCCCUCAGGGGUCUUUCCCUUUCAGAUACCUUGGUGUUCCUCUUACAACUAGGAAGUUAUCUUUUAUAGACUGUAAACCCCUUAUUGAUAGAACUGUUGCAAGAAUCAAGAGCUGGACUUCUAAAUUUUUGUCUUAUGCAGGCAGACUUCAAUUAGUUAAAUCUGUCCUAUUUGGAUCUAGGAAAGCAGUAGUCUCUUGGGAGCAAUUAUGUCUUCCUAAGAGUUGUGGAGGGUGGAAUCUUAAAGACUUAACUGUGUGGAACAAAGCUGCAGUGUUGAAGCAUUGCUGGGCCUUGGCUUUGAAACGGGAUAGGCUAUGGGUGAGAUGGGUGCAUGUUAUUACAUACAACAUAGAGACUUCUGGACUAUGCCUAUUCCUAAUGGCUUAA